AUGGCAUCUAGACUCAUUUACAAAGCCACACAUGAAGCUGAUAACCCAUUUGAUGUGUCUCUAACAGAAUCUUUUCAACUUCUGGAAUCCCAAUUGAGGCCUCCGUUUCCAUUAACAAUCCUUACACAACCUGAAUACUCGAAUCUCAACAGAGCUAUUCUAUAUGGCAUCCUAUGUGAACCUCAUUUGGCAGAAGUUCAUAUCAAACACUUACAUGGCAUCAUAACUGAUGGAUACAGUUUGUUUACAGCUUUACUUACCAGGUUAGUUGAUGAAUUGUAUUCAAAGCUUGUUGAGAAUGUGAAAAUUCAAUUACUUGGAGUCACUUCAAUAAUGAUCCGUGUAUCAGCUAUUGGAAUAGAUAGUUUGUUAGUGGCUUUGUUGAGGCAAACUCGUGGUGGUGAUUUUAGCAAAGCAAAUUUGUGGUUGUGUUCUGAAUUGGUUACUCUUUUCUCCAUUAAAUGGGAGUCUUUGCUGGAAGAACAACCAUUGGUGUUAUCAAGCGCCAUGUAUGUCUUUCUUAGGCUCUUGGCUGAUCAUUGUAGAGUUUCAUCAAACUCAAAUUUGGACACUUUGAAGCAGAAGGAAAUCGAAUUCUGUAUUAGGGUUUUCAAGGAACAGUUCCAUUUAUGUUUGAAAAUCGGAAGAGAUUUGAUUAGGCUUCUUCAAGACUUAGUUCAUGUGCCUGAAUUUCAAGAAAUAUGGAAAGAUCUCUUAUUGUUUCCUGGUAAUUUCAAAACAUUAGGGUUUUCAGAUAUUUCACAGCUUUAUCAAUCAAGAACUUCUAGCAGAUACUUUUUACUUCGUCUUACCCCUGAAAUGGAAACUUACUUGCGAUUCUUGCUUACACAAGUCAAACUCGGAAGUCAAACUCGAUACCAAAUUUGGUUUGGGAAGAAGUUUCUUAAUGUCCAAGAAAAGGAGAGUGUUGUGAUUGAUAUUGUUCGGUUUAUCUGUUGUGCACAUCACCCUUCUAAUAAAACAAUCCUAUCAAAUGUGAUUCCUAGAUGGGCUGUGAUUGGUUGGUUGCUGACAUGUUGUAGUAAGAAUCAUGUGCAAGCUAAUGUGAAGCUGGCAUUGUUGUAUGACUUUCUUUUCUUUCAUGAAGAAGUUGAUAAUAUAAUGAACAUUGAGCCUGCAAUGUUGUUGAUGAUAAACUCGGUGCCUAAAUAUGUUGACAUGACACAAAAUCUUUUGGAGUUUUUAUUCCUUUUGGUGGAUCAUUAUGAUGUUGAAAGGAAAGAUUUGAUUGUUAGGGGCGUGUUAUCGGCUCUUGAUGUGCUUGAAAGAAAAGGUGUGGUGCAGUCGUUUGAUGCUUUGACUAGUUGUGAUUUGCUUUCUUCUGUACUUAAGGAGAGACUUGUGAAGUUGUUGUUAAGCAAAAAUGUUGUCUGUAAAAAGGUCAUUCUUCCAGCAACCCCUGAGUUGGCCUACACUGCUCCUAGCAGAGCAUCAUGUGAGGUGUAA